CAAUAUAAAAUAGACUAUACACAGUGUGUGACCUGACCCACAGUGAACUUUUCCGCUUAGAUGACCACAUACGCUAACCUCGCCUUCUGACAGAUUUAACUUGUUUACCAUAUGAAAAAGGUCUGUCAGUAUGAUAAUUUUGUGCGCAUUUUAAUGAAUGACACAGAAUGGGUCAUUUUCUAUACAUGGUCAAGAUAUGGAGUCUCUGCUGUGUUGUAGCCAGGGCUCUUCGCGCUGAGUGUAGGGGAUAUCCCUACACACGUACUCGAGGUCGUGUGCCACACGUUCCUAGCUUGUGUAAGCCUGGACCCGGCUUUGUAUAUAUAACACUGUUUGCCCAUGCCGACUGGUCUAUUCCAGUUACAUUCCCCGAUAUUAUUCAACAAAAUUACGACCGCAUACUGUUGCGCAGGUUUUUUUCAGUUAUUAGAACGAGGCUGUAGCCUGGUGCCCUCCCCUUCGCCGUGUGGCCUUACGCAACCUGGUCUGAACUGACCAAUAGGGGCGGUGUUUGUGCACUUUAAAGUCAUGAAUGGAGAGAAUGGACAUGCCCCACAAACCGGCUGUGAUGGUCUGAUUGGUUAGUUAAUUUGAGAUUACGUGAAAUGCCAAAUGAUGUGGAUAAAGUUAGCUAGCGUCACCUAAGGUCAUGGACAGGCUCACACGGCCGUUUGGGUAUGUUGGGCAACGAAAAUAUUAUUACAUGUUCGGCAGGAAAACAAGUGCAUUUCAAGGACAGCUGGACGACUUUCGUGUUAAUUCUACAGAAUGGUAAUGUGUAUUCCCACAAGGAACAAUAGCCAGUUGAUUUUGGUCUUUCAUUUGAACCCGGUCAAAUGUAUAAGAAAGAAACAACUGUGAAAUAUAAGGGACCUACUUCAUAGCUAAGGUUGAAUCACAUGAGAUGGCUGAGAAUGGUACAACGCAUAGUAAUACGGAGAUACUACAAGCCAAUAAUCACAGUCGCCAUAAUGACGUCUUGGAGCACGGAGAGGCCAUGCGCAAUGGCCAUAUGCAAAUCGCUAUAAAACAGGAGUCGAAGUACAGUAGUUAUUCCUCGGAGGAUUCGGAAGAUUCACCUUUAGACUUUUCGUGUAAAAAAAGAAAAUUCGUGGAGCAUGACACAUCUGGAAGGGAAUCUGUUCCGUCUUCAUCGUCUAAUGCAGAUUCCUCGAGUUUGGCGGACGGAAGGAAAUCUUCCGAUCCCGAGGAUGGGAUGUUAUUCAAUGGGAUGUUACAUAAUCGGGAUUUAUCAGACAGACAGAUUGAACCCGGGGAAAUUAAGCACCCACCAGAAAGGUGUUCUCCAGGAACCACGGCGGCAUUGGCAGGUAUGAUGUCAAACAUUCAUGCAGGCUUUAUGUCCCCAACUCAGCUUCUAGGAGGUGUGUUUCCAAAUAGCAUGGUUGACCCUAGGGUGUCACAACAUAAUGGUUCGAGGCCAUUCAAGGCCUAUCCAAAAGACCCUCUUGCUAUGUCAAUGGGUGCAUUUGGCCUUCCCCAUGGUUUUUCUCCCUUUCAAGGAAUGGAUGCAAGUAUGUUGCAGGCACUGAAUAUAAGUGGAGAAGAGUUUAUGGAAAUGUACAAAAAACAGUUGCAAUCAUUGAGAGACAGGGAUAAUAACGGCAGUAGGGGACUAAGCCACUAUGAGUCUACCCCAAAGUCGUCCACCCAUGCCUCUCCCCCAUCGUCAUCAGCCAUUAGCUCAAACAAUGACAGAAUUUCCAAUGGCAGCAUGAACAGUAGUCCCAGCAUAGGCAGCUCCCCACCAUUGUUUUCCGUGCCUAGUUCAAGUAUAGGUAUGGACAUAACAGCCUCAGGCAGAAAACGACCAAAAACUCUACCCGAGGAACAGAAGGAUGAAGCUUACUGGGAAAGGAGAAGAAAGAACAACGAUGCAGCAAAGAGGUCACGGGAUGCUCGGAGAGCUAAAGAGGAUCAGAUUGCAAUAAGAGCAGCUUUGUUGGAACAGGAAAAUCUUAAACUUCGUGUAGAGGUAGCUGCUUUGAAAACUGAAACUGCAAAGCUCAGAUGCAUGCUAUACAAUAGCUGAAUUCCUGGAUUAAAACAUUUUCUCUAUGUGUAUCUUGUUUUAACAUAGACAUCGAUCUACCUCAAAACUUCUUACUCAGGUUACGUUUGUACAUAUUGUAUCAACUCAGGUAUGUGAAUAUAUUUUGAAAUUUAUAUUUACAAAACAAUAAGCUCUUCUAUAUUGAAAUGAAUGUGAAACAAGCAUUGUUAUCAGAAAUGCUUGAAUUUUUAUAUAAAGUGUUAUAUUCUCCAUCAAUCAUUGGUCUCUACGGACAACAGAUAUUGUUGACUAUAAGGUUUUACUCACUUCCUUCCCCGUUUGUCCCAGGGGAUAACGUUAUUCAUAUGACAUUUUUAAACAAGCACUGUAUGAAGACUGUUCAGGAACAUUUGUAUUGCUCUUUUCCUGUUAAAAGAAACAUUGAUAUUUACAUGUUAGAAUAACAUUUUUGUGUGUUUUCAUUGUGUAAAUACAUUUUGUUUUAGAUUUGAAUGUAAUGUAGAUUUUUAUAUGGACUAUUUCAAUCCAUCACUGUUGAUGUUAAAUCAGAUCAUCAUAACAUUGAAUACCCUCUAAGCUCCUUAUAUAAUCAAUGAUGCAUAUCGUUGACUUCAAUAACAUGGGUAACGUAUUGUACAAGGAUUGUCCCUGGUCAUUAUACGAUACCUUGUAGGAGUUAUCAGGUGUAUGAUUCCACCAAAUGAAAAUCUGUUUGACAUGAGCAAUGAAGGAUUGAAGGAGUCAAAACUAUUUGGUAAUCUCAGGGAGUUCUGAUUACAUCACUUAAAUGCAUGUCAUGCAGUUCACGUAUUCUUCUUAAUCAUUUUCAAUUUUUAAACAUAUGUUCGAAAGAGAUUAAGAUUGAGAGAUAUAUAUUGAGAGAGAUAUUAUUGAGAGAGAGAGAGAGAGAGAGAGAGAGAGA